AUGGCCUUCGGUUUGAACGUAUAUCAGGCAUGCUGCCUGAUAUACAUCUGCUUCGGCGCUUCCUUCUACGGCUAUGAUACUGGGAUCACAUCAUCUGUAUUGGCGUAUACGAGUUUUCUCGAAUACUUUGCCUUGAAUAGUACAACUAUUGGAGCCUUUAACUCGGCCUACUAUGGGGCGAGCGCUGUAGGUACAGUCUUGAACUGGUAUCUGCCCAACAGGAUGGGUCGAUUGUGGUCUCUUCGUUUCGGCACCAUUGUCACAAUUGUAGGAAUCACUCUACAGACUGCUGCUCAAAAUUAUGCCAUGUUCAUUGUGGGGCGAAUAUUGGGCGGUAUCGGCGGGGGAAUGGUCUUCUCUUUGUGUCCUGUCUAUGCCAGCGAAAUCGCGCCUCCGAAACUCAGAGGCCGUGUCGGUGCAUUUUACGCUCUAAAUAUAUCGGUCGCUUUCAUGAUCACGGAAUGGCUGGGAUUGGCCUUCUACUUCAUCCACGGCAACGCUUCAUGGCGUGUUCUGUUUGGCCUCCAGUAUUUGCCUGGCUUGUGCAUGCUAGCAGGAUCAUUUUACAUGCCAGAAUCUCCGCGGUGGCUUGUCCUGAAAGAUCGUUAUGACGAUUCCCUGAAAGUCCUUCAACGAAUGCACUCCAAUGAGCAUGAUCAGACGUUCUAUCAGCUUGAGUUCCAUCAGAUUAGGGCACAAAUCGAGUUCGAGAAGUCCAAUCAGCUUGGAGUCGGCGCUAUCUUCAAAAAGAAAUCGUACAUGAGAAGAGUGGCAUUAAUCUUGGCACUUACCGUCGCUAAUAGGUGCACUGGGAUUAUUCCAUUGACAUUUUACCAAGUCGUCAUUUACCAGAAUCUAGGCGCGAGUGCCGUAUUGUCACUAGUUCUAACCGGCUUAUGGGGCACGGUUUCCACAGUCUCAGUACUUACACUUGGUUUCUUUAUCGACAAGAUGGGUCGACGAAACUCCUUGUUUAUGAGCUAUGGGAUCAUGAUCCCAGCUGCCUGUAUCAUUGUCGGACUCUGGGCUGCGUAUGAGGCUGGCAGCUCGAAGAAUCUCAACUUAGCUAGAGGCAUCAACGUUGGUGUUUUCCUUACAUCCUUCGGCUACUCGGCCGUCAUGAACUCGUUCGGGCCAGCGUAUGGUGCCGAGAUUAUGCCCACAGAGAUCCGGGCCGUUGGCGUCGCGCUGGGAUACUUCACCUUUAACGCAGUCACAGUCCUCCAUCUCCAGACGGCGCCACUCGCCCUAGCGGCCAUCUCGUGGAAAUAUUUUCUCAUCUUUCUCAUCUUUGACUGCGUAUAUGUGGUUAUUGUCUACUUUUUCUACCCUGAGACUAAGUCCAAAACUCUGGAAGAGAUCGCAGGGGUGUUUGGCGAUACAGUUGCAGCGCCAUCGGAUAUUAUUGACAAAGCACCAGGCGACACCUUUAUGGCUUCUGCAACGCACCAAGAACAGGUUGAGAUGAAGGACUCCUAG